AUGACCCAUCGAGCACGGCUCAUACUGCAUCUUUCCGCCGCUGGUGCUAUAAGGUCUGGAUGGUGGCUAAGCUGGCCCGUCCCUGUUCCGCAAAUUUCAUUGGCUGUGUCUGCUGCUGUUACACUGAAUGUCCAGUGUGCCAGGAACGUAAUAAUCGACAAUGCGUACUGGGCAAGGUUAUCUACUGUCGAUUGGUGUGGGCCGUGCAUCAGACGUCGAGACUGCCACAUUAGCCAUUUCAACAUCGCGCGAUUAAAUCUAGGAACCGUAAGGACGCCACCAGUAAACAGUCACUUUCGCAUUUUUCCCAAAGGUGUUUUCCGCGCAUUUCUCACACAGGUCAAGUUCCCUUUCGAAGACCGAUUUCGUGCUGACACUGUCGGGCAUUACACCUACACCUGUCAUAAGCAGUUGAAAGUAUCAUUUGGUGGCCAUUGUUUUAUGAUCGUUGCUGGUAGAUCACUCCAUGGCUUUGCAAAAACGUAUUGCCCUCUCCUUGUCAUGAACGAGAUGAAGUCACUAGGAUUGCUAAACACGACAGCCGUUUCCCUUAGUCCCCCAGUAGAAAUGCAGCCUGAGAGUGAAUAUGUGGAAGCUCCUGUCAGCUCCGCUGUUUGGCUGAUUUUAUGGGUACUCCGGUUGAAAAUUCGUUAUCCUGAGAUCAGACGAACUGGUUCACUUCGCAAAAUACCAACUGCCAGUGCCCAGACAGGCAAAUAA